AUGACUAGUGAUGCCCAAGGUGUAUUUGCUGAUGGUCAUGACCGGCUUCAGUGGGAUAUCCAAGAAUCCAACUUUCGAGCGGUGAAAGUUGAUCCAAAGGAAAUGGCGGUCACUGCACCAAAGGCAACCUCAGUUGCUCAGGCACAGGCAGUUGAGCCAGUUCUUUCGACCGCCAAUGCUCCCAAUGAAACUUUUGAACCAGCAACACCGCUUGCCGACGUGCACGAUCGCAGAAACCAGCUUACGUCGCUGGUCCAAAAUGCACGCCGUAAUGAAGAGGCCAUUAAAGCUCGUAACGAACGUAUCAAACAGACUAAGCAACAGGCCCGUAACCGUUAUGGGUGGUAA